CGCUCGCCAGUAUCGCGCGGCCAUUGCUGUUAACGCACGUCGAGAAACCUUUCCGUGAUCAACAAAAAAAAAACAUACAGAAUUAAAAUCAAUUCUGUAUUACGUUAUGCUAUAUAAAAUUGAUGUUAGAUAAAUAUUUUUUUAGAGAGUCAAUGAUUGUAAUAAUUUUUAAUAAUAAGUGAAUGAUAGUAAUAAUUUUUCACGUAUACGUUCAGUAAUACCAUGAAAGUAUUUUAAGUGUCACUCCAUUUAUUUCGGCUUCGUUUUUCGUUUUUAAGAUCGAUAAACACUUAAACAUAUUAACUACCAAAAUGAGCAGUGUAAUACGCUGCGAGGACUAGUGAGUGCGUGUGUGCGUGCGUGUACUAUGUGCGGUGCGGGUGUGUGUGUGAGUGCUCCAGUGUGCGUGACGGCGGCGGCGGCGUGCUGAACAUGGAGAAGGUUAGCUGAUCGAGGAGGCGGCCGCGCAAACUACGCAAGCGGCUUAUUGGGCGCAUCAUGCAGGUGUUCGGCGAGUGGGCGCAGGUGGAGGUGGUGGAACUAGUGAACGAUGGCUCGGGGCUGGCGUUCGGGAUCGUCGGCGGGCGAUCUUCGGGCGUCGUCGUCAAGAGCGUGCUGCCGGGAGGAGUGGCUGACAGGGAUGGGCGCCUGCGUAGUGGAGACAUGCUGCUGCGCAUCGGGGCGGUGUGCGUGGUGGGCAUGUGCGCGCGGCAGGCGGCGGCCGUGCUGCGGCAGUGCGGCGCGUGCGUGCGCUUGCUGGUGGCGCGGCCGGCGCACAGUAACGUGCUGCAGCCCAAGCUACAGUCGCUGGGUGCAUCUCAAGCACCGAUCGUGCCGUCGCGCUUGCUUGCUGACCCGAUCGAGCUGGAGCGGGGCUUGGCUGAGGCGGGGCACGAUGGGUUCGGUGCGCUGUGUGAGGACACCACGCCUCCGUCGCCGCCACCUACUAUCAUCGAGGAGAGGUUACAUCAUAGGCCGGUCGCGUCCAUAGUGGCAGUGGUGCCACGUGGGGCGCUCGCGCCGGCGCCGAAGCCUCCGCCCCUAUUCAUCACCACCAGCGAGCCCCAGCCUCCGCCUCUUAGGUUACCAUUGGAUAUGGCGGUACGCGGCACGGGGGAGCCAGAGACGCUGAGCUACGAAGUGGACCUCAACAAGGAUUCAGCUCUAGGACUGGGCAUCACCGUCGCUGGAUAUGUCUGCGAGAAAGAGGAGCUUAGCGGAAUCUUCGUGAAAAGCAUCGGUGCCGGCAGCUCUGCUGACCUGUGUGGGAAGAUACAAGUCAACGACAGGAUUGUUGAGGUAGACGGCGUAUCGCUACACGGAGUCACAAAUCACAAAGCGGUCGCGUUUCUCCGAGAUGCCAGGGGUCCUAUUGUGAGGUUGAAAGCUUUGAGGUAUCUCCGCGGGGCGGGGUUUGAGCGGUUGCAGAAGGCACUAGCGGCGCAGGGCGGCAGGAGGUCGCCCAUAGCGCCUCCGAGCCCCUCCGUCACCUCCCUCGCCAAAUAUAGCUUUAGCGUGUACGACGAAUCGACUGUCAUAGAGGCUGAACCUGACUCUGAGAUACAACCGCACCUACCGUCGCCGACGUCACCUUCAGACGAGGCGGAGAUAGUCAUAGGCAGAGACGACGACAUCUCCGAGAGAGAGAUCCGGCGCAUCCAGGACAAGUGGCGGGACAUCUUGCAGGACGAGCCGGACUGGCCCGGACACCAGUACCAGUAUGAUGUUAUUGUGGGUUCCAUAAUGAAAGAGAAGGACAGCGGAUUGGGCAUCUCGCUAGAAGGCACGGUGCGCGUGGUGGGGGGCAAGGAGGUGCAGGCGAGGCAUUACAUUAGAGCCAUCGCGCCCAACAGUCCCGUCUCCAAGCUGGGCAUUUAUAAAGUGGGAGAUGAGUUGUUAGAGGUAAACGGAAUGCGUGUACUAGGAGCGCAUCACGUGGAGGUGGUGACCCGGUUGCGCGCGGUCAAGUCGCCCGUGCUGCUCGUGGUGGUGAGGAAGCGCAGCGAGCCGCACGCCAGAGCUGAAACAUGCUUUGCCAGAAGUAGCAUCGUGGGAGGGAGUCUGCAAGACCUCCUAGCGCCCCCUCAGCGGUUGAUCAAGGCCAAGUCGGAGAGUUCGGUGGCGUCGCUCUGCAGUGCCAGCACUGUCAUGUCAGCCGGCCAUGAUCAUGACGAGUUUUGCACAGAAGAGCUAGAGCGGAACCGGUCCAGGUCGCUGGAGCCGCUGAGCGGGCUGGCGAUGUGGAGCGACCAGGUGCAGCUCAUCGAGCUGCAGAAGGAGGAGCGCGGGCUUGGCUUCUCCAUCCUGGACUACCUGGAUCCAUCAGAGCCGGGCAGUUCAGUGAUCGUGGUGCGCUCGGUGGUGGGCGGCGGCGCGGCGGCGGCGGACGGGCGGCUGGCGCCGGGCGACCGGCUGGUGUCCGUCAACGGGCUCGACGUGUCCAGGAGCCCGCUGGCGGUGGCGGUCAGAGCCAUCAAGAGUGCUCCGAAAGGCACAGUUACUAUAGGUGUCGCCAAGCCGCUGCCUUGUAGCACGGUGGUCGGCGGGGAAAGGGCCAACGGACACAGCGUGCAAAGCAGCCAGGAAUGUAUCAACUCACUGGCAUCAGAUGAUCAUACCGGGAUGGAUUCAUUUCACGAAUGUUUACAAGAAUAUGGCGAGGGUUUGGAAGUUGUGCAGAUAUGCUUAGAGCCUGAAGAGUCAUCUUUGAAAGAUGAAGAACUGUCUGCGUUGGCGGAUCUCAGUUACGAUGAUUGUAAAAAGAUAAACAGUUUGGAUGACGACAUUAAUAUUAUAGAAAUUGGCAUGAAAAAUGAAGUUGAAAAGAUUAACGGAACAUCAGAAUUGAAACCAUCUAAGUCAGAUGACUCUUUAGAUGAACAGGAUGACGAUAUGACUAUAACUGAAGAUGACGUCCUUAUUGCACCAAGAGAAUUAAGCAAACGAAGCAAAUCUGCGGACAGAAAAGGCACAAAUGAAGAAAGAUGUUUAUCAAAGCAGCAGAGUAAAGAUAUUUCAACGUCUGAUGAAAUGGUGUUUGCAGUAACACCGACGGGCUUAGAAAGAAUUAGUUUUGAAAAAUACUGGAAAGAUACAGAUACGAGUAAAGAUAAAUUGAAUAACGAAAGUUUGAAAGGUAGUCUGAAUUCACCUGAGGACGACAUCAGUUUUUACGAUGCAACCACGAGAAUUUCCGUCCAGGAGCAAAACAAUACCCUGCUUUACAUUGACCAUGAAAUCGACGGUUACGAAACAUGCCUCGAAGACGACUCGUCGUCUGUAAAGUGUUCAGAAAAAAACAGCCAUAAAAUCAACGGGGAGAGCGAAGAGAUCAAAGACUUGGGUAAACACGAUAAAAUAGCUAUUAGAAACAAAGACAGCGAUACUCGUGCCAAAACUAUUAACGAUCAGAACACUGCCAAUGCCGUGGACGAAGUGUCGUCUUAUGGUUACCCCUAUGUGGAAGAACACAUAAUAAAACAAAUGAAGUCUUUAAGAAUAGAACCUCUAAAUAUAAACAUAGGUAUUAAAAAAUCAAAGAAAAAAAGUCCGACCAAGCCAUCGAAGAGUGAGCGCCGAUGCGUCGAAUACUAUAACGACCAAGCGGAAUGCUUGAAAGAGAUACGCCAAAGAAAGCGCGAAGAAGAAGAGAAAAAAACAAAAGAAGAUCAGAGGAGUUUAUUAGAAGGCAGAGUGUCGGCGAUGGAGAAAAAAAUGCAGUUUAUAAAGAAAGACCCCAGUGAAGACUCCACAGAUGCGGAAAGCAGUUACGUGCCCGGUUGUCAUAAAUGUUUCUUAGAGAGUUACGCGUAUGAAAUCACAAAGGCAUACAUAGAGAAAGCGGCGUCAUGUAAAUAUUGUGAUGUUAUAAAGGACAUGUUGGAAGUGCCUAAUUUGAAAUCAAAUAGAAGAAGAUCUGCACCAGCGUUGGUGAACCUGGAGAGCUCCUCAGACUCUGAAGAUGAAUACUUGCUAGGGGUCCCCAGUGUUUGUAGAAGAAAAUCUGCGGAUCCUUUGAAGUUUCCACUACCGUCGAGGAGAUCCAGUCACGUCAUUCCUGCAAUGACGGUUAAGACAGUCGCGCCCGACCGUCGCGGUGCCGGCUCCGCGCAGAGAUGGGGGCCGCCGCGACGUGUCACACUGAGGAGACGGCCCGGCGCGCCUUUGGGAGUUAGCAUAGUUGGUGGAAAGGUUGAUAUUAUUGCAAAUCAAAACGGUGAAAAUGGCGAGGAGAAGGCGAUUUUUGGCAUCUUUAUCAAGAAUGUGGUACCUAACAGCCCGGCAGCGCUUUGCGGUGAUUUAAAGACUGGUGACAGAAUAUUAGAAGUGGACGGAGUGUGUGUGCGCACAGCACAACACGAACGGGCGGUGGAACUAAUUAAAGCGGCCAAAGACAAUGUCACAUUAACCGUACAGAGCCUUAUGACUUGGAACACAGAUUCAUCUGACGUGGACGCAUCGUCACCGGCUACGUCUCCGCCUCGACCUGUCAAGAAGUCACAAGCGCCGCCGCCACCUCAGCAUGAAAUCAAGAUAACAGUAACAGAACCAGAAGAUAAAGACAAAUCACCAUCAACAAACGAUGUUAAAGACAAACAAGAAAAUGAAACAGAGAAAGUGAAUGGAGAAGCGCCGAAACCUAAGGUUGUGUACUCGGACUCUGAUAGCAGCGACGAAGAAGAUGAGAGAGAAUUACAAGGAAGAACUUAUUCAGAUAAAGGAGUUGAGAUCGAUCGAGCGUCAGCCGGAGCACUCAAGCGCAGCAGAGAAGAGAAGGAAGCCGACCCUGAAGAGGAAGACGACUUUGGCUACACAUCAAAUAAAAUCAAAAAGAAAUAUGCAUCCCUCGGCGAUAGCGUGGUGGUGGUCAAGUUGGAGAGAUCCCCUAAGGCCGGGCUGGGGCUCAGCCUGGCGGGGCACCGCGACCGCAGCCGCAUGGCAGUGUUCGUCUGCGGCAUGAACCCCGCCGGCUCGGCCGCCAAGUGUUCACCCCCUAUCAAAAUUGGGGAUGAAAUUUUGGAGGUAAACGGUUUAGUGUUGCACGGAAGAUGUCAUCUCAACGCGUCGGUAAUCAUCAAAGGGCUGGUUGGACCCGUCUUCAAAAUUAUUCUGUUAAGACGAAAGUCGGCGUUGGAGGACGUCGCUGUCAAACCUAUAACACAGUUUCCAGUGGCGCUGGAAGAGGUGGACGACCGGUUCGCCAAUUACAAAGGUGUGCGAGAUAUUACCAUCAAAAAGGGUCCAUCCGGGCUAGGCAUCAUGAUUAUAGAAGGAAGACAUACAGAAGCCGGUCGGGGUAUCUUCGUGUCAGACCUUCAGGAAGGCAGCGCGGCGGAGCAGGGGGGCUUAAACAUAGGAGACAUGAUUCUUGCUGUGAACAGGGACUCUCUUCUGAGUGUCAGUUAUGAUGCCGCCGCAGCAAAAUUGAAGCAAACGGACGGUGUAGUAAUAUUGACAGUAUGCAGUCCAAACUUGAAGGAACCCGCUGAUGGUGACAAAGGUGACUCAGCUGAUGGUCCAUCCAGGUCAGCCACUCCCAAACCACCAACACCAACGCCCGCAAAAGCUGAGCCUCCACCAGACCCAGCCACAGCAGCGCUGAGACCAAACAUGGAUACUGUGAUAGAAAUAAAUACUAACAACGAAGUGCUCGGCAUCGCUCUACUUGGUGGCAGUGAUACACAUACCAGUGGCCCAGCAGCAAUCGUCCUAGAAGUGUAUAAAAACGGAGCGAUAGCCAAAGACGGAAGACUGAAAGUAGGGGACCAGAUACGAGACUGUAACGGCAUUGCUAUCAAUAAGGACAUGACGUACGAGAGGAUUUGUCUAUCAAUAAAAGUUAAGGCACCUAAGCUAAAGAUGAAUGUAUAUCGACCGGAUCCUUUACAAUACGAAGAAAUUGAGGUAGAACUAACAAAGAAGUCAGGGAGACCUUUGGGACUGAACUGUGUACCUCCCAUUGAGGGCACGGGCGCUUAUAUAGGAGAACUACUACCUGGGUCAUCAGCAGAAGUAGAUGGUAAACUGCAAAGAGGCGAUUUCAUUGUAGCAGUGGAUGGGAAAGAUCUUUCUGGUGCAGAAUUCCUCGCUAUAGGAGCAGCGCUUAAACUGUGCAAUAAUAAGACUACCAUAAAAGUUAAACGUUUUAAAAUAGUCCCUAGGUAAUUGUGAUAAUGUUUAAAUUUGAAUAAAAUAUUAAAAAGACGGGUUAGUUAUUGCUUUGCUUACAAUUCAGUAAUAAAAAUUACUCGUCUGAUUGUGAAGCUACUAUAAUAAUAUCAGAUAAAUGAAAAUCAAGUAAGAACCGUAUUUUCCUUGUGUGUAGGUUUGAUUUUAAAUAACAAAAAUAACAUUAAGUUGGUUCACUUUGAGCAGAUAAAAAAAGCAAUUGAAAUAUUAUGAGAAAUGAGCGGCUUAUAACAGUCAUUGCAAUUAAUGAAUGACGCAACAUGUAUUCUAUUAUGAAAUAAUAAAAGAUUAAAAUCCUGUGAUAGCCACACCGUUGUUAAAAUAUUAUGGUCUAAUAUCCGGCAUCUGUUAUUUACUUAGGAUAUGAAACAAAUGAUAGAAAAUACUGAAAUUGACCCAUUGCAAAUAGGUUGCUUGGUAAAACUGUGGCUGGAUAGAUUAUACGAUUACAUUUUUAAAUUAAAAUAAAUGAAUCAAUCAUUUUAUUUAAUUUGAAAAUUGAUUGUAAAUAAUUGUUGAAAACACUGUUAUAUUUUACACUACAUUUCAUAGAAAAUAUAAAUAAACAACGUUGUACAUUAGUAACGUAAUACUUCGACAAUAAUAAUUGAGAAUCUGUACUCUUGAAGUUUGAUCCUUGCCAAAGCCACAGUCCAAUCAUCGUAGUUGCCUGCCAUACUUACCCAUAGUAGCAAAAGCUGACAAACAUUCAGUUUAAUAAAAAUAUGACAGAGGUCGGGCUAUUGCAGGCUCUUAAUAGAAUAUCAAAAGUCUAGUAGCAAAUUACUAAAAAUUUAAAAUUUUAUCAUUUUGGAUUAAAAUCAACAAAACCGGAUUUAAUUAAUAAUUCACAACGUUCUGUGCACCAAAAAAUUGACCGCAGCAAUUAUGUUAUUAAGUUUUAAAAUGAAUGUUUUAACUCAGAAACCAGUUAAAUUAAAUAUUUUCGCAUUAACUGCAAUUAAUUGUAAUUCUGUUAUUUAAGAUCUAUCUUUGAUUCAUCACAACAAAAAUGGUUCUCUAAUGUGUCUACAGACUUCGAUGAUGGUUUUUGUAUGUAUUCAACAACUUGUUAUUGCGUUAAAGGUCGUUUGUAAAAAAAAAAAGAUUUUUAAAAAUAUUUGUAUAAGUCGUGUUUGUGAAGUGAUUAGACAAUAAGUCAGGAUAUUUAAUGUAACCGUAUAUAACAUACGUUUUGAUUAUUAACAAAAGCACUGCAUCAUGGAGCGUGAAAUGUUACGAUGCAGCUAAUGUCACAAAAUAAACAACGAUGAAUUAACGAUGUUGCAUCGAUACUACAUCCGAAAUGUAACGAAUCUUGAUGCUUCUUUUCUUUGAAGCUGAUUUAUAAUCAUGGUGCAUUAUUUAAAGUACAUUAUUGAAAAACACAGACUCGAUUGCGUACGGCUUUUGGCGUAACAAAAAAAAAGUUUUUAUAAAUAGUUUUUGUAAAAAUAUUUUUCUGGUGAUUUUGUUUUAUUUUACCUACUUAGUUGAAAUUCAGCAUGCAACGUGCGUGCAAGAUAAUCCACAGUUUUUGUUCGUCUAGUAAUAUCGUAAUCAAAAACUUUUUGAUUCGUCUACGUAAUUAUUAAAAUCGUCUAACUGAUGAAUACAUGGAUAUAAUAAUUUUGAUAUCUCGAAUCGUAGUUUAAUUAGUUCCUUUUCUAAAAAAUAGAUAUGUUUAUUAAUUUUAAUCCUAAAUAUUAUGAAAUAAAUUUGGUUUAUACUUACUGUUAUCUAUGUAUUUUUCUGUCGCCAUCUUUGCAAUCGAAAUAGAUGGUUUUAGAUGUAAAGUUUACAGUGACUUUUGUUAAAUUUUUCGUAAUUUUGUUCAAACAACAUUAAAACAAAAAAUAUUCAAUACAUAACUCUUUUAACAUGAAUGUCGUAUUAAAGGAUGAGGCGAAAUAAAAUACUUAACCUAGUCGAGGACUAACUUGUAAAGAAAAAAAAAGCGGGCUAGUAUUACACCUGUCCUUAUCAGUCGUAAGGAACCAAGUUGUUAAUAUAUUAACAGUGUUUAUUUCGCCUCAUUAAACAUUCUAUAGUAAUACACAUUAUUUUUUUGAAAUACAAAAUCACGUUAUUUUGAUUAAUUUUUACUUUAAUAUUUUACCAAACUUGACAUAUGUUAAGACUAAUAAGUAUAAUAAAAUGACACCACAUAUGCAGAUUAUAAUGUUUUUUUUUUAAAUGGAACGAAUUAUACCUGCGAUUGCUGUUACUUUAUUAAUAUUUACUUUUUUUUAAUACAUAAUUGCUUGAAUCAUGAAGCAGAAAAAGUUUGCUUCUUGGUUCACGCAUGGCUUAAUAACGAAUAGACCUAUUUUCUUACCGUUGUCGAGAUUAGGUAAAAACCUAGUUUUGGGUUUAAAUUGGAAUCGGACGAUAAAAAAAUCAAAUCCUAUAAAAAAAUCCUAUAAAAUCGCAGAUAUUCGCUAUAAAUAAGUACAUAAAAAGAGAUGCUUAAUCAUUUUUGGUUGUACUUUUUGUGGACAUUUGUCGACUUAUGAAUAUUAUUUAUUACGUAAAAUAUUUUAACUUAAACUAUAGUAAAAGAGCAUGUACCAAAUUAGCUUUAGUGAAAAGUUAUUCCGUUUAAGCUAAAUAUAAUGCAUAGAAAUUCAGUAUUGAUGAUUAGUUAGAACUGAAAUUAUUAUUAAUUGUGUUUUGUAUAAUUAUUGCUUAGUCUUAAUUUGGGAGAUAGGCCGAUAUGACCCUCAAUUCUUAGCUGUAAUUCCAGUAUUUUAAUAACUUAGUUACUGGCAAAGAUUUGAUGUGAGGGCUUCAUAAUUUCUUAAUGCUGGAUAAUUGAAAAACACUGUCGUUACAAAAUUGUAAUGCUUUGCUUAAGAACAUUAUAGAGUCAAUGGGUAUCCCUCUAUACUCAGGUAUACUCAGGUUUCAAAUGUACGUAAAGGAUUUUGUCGGAUUUAUGGAUAAUAGUAAAAUUAAACUAAUUCAUUGUUAAAAAUGAACUUCAGCAAAGUGAUGUCUGUUUCUAUUGAAUUAAUCAAUUUAUUUAAUCUAAUCUACAUGAUUGUUCUUUGUCCAGCAGUAAGAAAUAUUUAGGUGUUUAAUAAUUUCACUGUAAAAUAUAGUUUAAACUUAGUUAUUUAAGUGCUGUCCAUAUUUUAAUAAGUUUGGAUGUAAAAGUUAAUGCAAAUAGUUUUAUGUAAUGUCACUCUAUGUAGGAACGACUUGCCCGUUGAAACAAAUAAAUAGUUUAGGUAAUUUCUUUUUAAUGACGCAGUUUUGUGCAUAAUGUAGAUUAGAAGUUGAAAAUCUAGAUGGAGUUAUUCUAGUUAAAGUAUGAUGCCCAAUUCAGGUUAAGAAUUAGUAAUUUUUUUUAUUUUGACUCAGGUUUGUUUUACUUUUCUAAUGUAAAAGCCAAAAAAUAGGUUCAAUAGAUUGUUAAUCUCCUUCUCAACGCGUCACACCACCAUCUAGAGACAUUAAAGAUAAGGGUUAGCUAACUAUCCCACUUCUGAUCUGCAGUAUCAAAACACUGUGCACCAACUCUAGUCUGCUUUUAUCUGAAUAGUAUUUUAAUGUAAAAUACAAUGCCUUUAUAACUUUAGUAAAUAAUAAUCUUUCUAAUACUACGCCAUGUAUUAGAAAGCUAGAAUUAGCAUUUCUUACAUAAUAAGCAACUUGUUUAUAUAGUGUAAAAAAUAGAUACCUAUAUGAAAGUCCCCACCUUAGAUUAGGUUCCGAACUUUGUAGCAACUCACAAAAAAUUAUAACGCAGAGUCUUCGUAUUUAGUUCUAUUCCCGAGUUGUAUAAUAAAGGGACUUACACAUUGUUAUUUAACUGAGGAAUUAGUUUAGUGGAAGUCUAAAAGUCGUUUCGCCGUGCAAUUUAGCGUUCCGGUACCAUUUUGCGUAGGUAGAAAUCUGUGCCGGAUUAGCACACUUGAUCUUGGGCUACAUGUGUUAGUCUUUUCAAGAGAGUCAUAUUUGAAAAACUACAUGAAAUGUACAUAAUUUUACGAUAAAUUUUAAGGCGGUAUUAAAGUUGUAAUAAUUGCAUUUUCCUAGUUUAGAAAUUUCACCGGUUGAGUGCAUUUUUAAGUAAGUACAGCUAGGUACAAAAUCAGUUAAUUUCGUUGUUCGCAAUUUGUAAACUACAUGGACAACGUCAUAAUCUUUUCGAUACUUAACGUUGAAAAAUUUUCAAAUUAUUUUAAGUAUGUCGGUUUCAAAAUUUUCAUUUUUAAGUAUCCGGUGAAAAUUAUUGGAUAUUUAACUACUUGUUAAAAUUAAAUUCUUAGACACCAAAUGCUUUCUUUUUUGUGAACUUUGUUGUAAAUUAUUUUUAUACUGAGAAUACUUUUGGUGUACAUAAAUCGCUAAAAAUUACGCAUUAACUAAAUUGGCAGAUUAAAAUGUAGUCCGUUAACGAAAAGAUUAGUGCUAAUUUUACCGUUAAUUUAUUUUUGUUUUAAUGAUUGUUUUGUGUUGAAAAUGAAUAAUUUACAGUUAAAGUGGCUGUAUACGGAAUGGGAUUAGGAAAUGGUCAACGGGACGAUAAUAAUUAUAAUAAGUAAUCAAUAUGUCAUCGUUCUUCCGAACCUGACGUUUACAUACACAAUACUUCCAAAAUUCGUCCCGUCCGAGAAAAAACUCAUUACAUAUGCAGCGAGCUUUAAUAUGGAGCCAUAUUUUCAACAAAAUAUGUCUGAUAAAUAAAUUCUGUAUGCAAUUUGCUUUAGGAGUAUUAAACUAUAUCUAGGGUAGCGCGAAUGUACAUAGAACUUCGCAUAAAAUGAUUGCGUAGCAUAAUUCUAAAUUGUUGUAAAGUGUAUAUAAAGCGUAUUCAUAGUUAAUCGAUUCUAAUGAUAAAAGUAGGAGUGCGUUAGAUCGACUUUUUGGCUACUUAAUUGAUUUUUUUUGUAAGACAGUUUGGAUGUGUCAGCGAAUAAAAUAAUUUAAAUAAAUAGUUAAUUGAUAUAAUUAUAAGCCUCGUGUCUCUCGUUGCAAACAUAAGUAAUAAAAAUAAUCUAUUCGAAACAAAAAUACAUACGAAUAUUGAUAACGUUUUUUUAUUUUUUCGAAAGCAUUUUUUUUGAUUGUCCAAAGUUAUUAAACUUAAGUAUUUUAUGCUAUUUAAAAAUAGCUUGAAUUAAUAAUAAAAUAAAUUGACUUGACUUGCGUAAUUUUUUUUUUUUUGAAAAAGAAAAAUCUCUUCUUAAUGUAAGGUCGUUUGUUUGUUGUUCAAAUUGUAAACUGCUACUGGUACCAAAUUGUUAUUAGUUUUCUACGAAUUAAUUUCCCAUCAUUGUAUGAGCUGAUAAGACUUCUAGACAAAGGAGUUCCAACAACUAUAGACACGAAUAAAUAAUUCUAAAGCAUGUAAUAUUUUUAUGUACAAUAAUAAUUGUAAGUCUUCAAUUUUACAAAGAAUUGCUAUAACAAUAAAAACAUAAUGAAAUUGGCAAUCAACUUAACAACCUAGCCGAGGUUCUUAAUUAUUGCUUAGGUUCAUUUUGCUUGAAAACAACAAACUCAUGUAUUAUAGGACUCAAAAGGUGAUAACAAAUAUAAGAAAACUAAUGUCGAACAAAGGUUAUGAUUCACAACACUUGUCAGGACAACUUAAUUAGCAAAUCAAACUGUCACCAAAAUAAGACCCUAGAAUGGCAGAGAAUGACCUUGAGUGGAGUCACGUACUUGUGAACGAUGUGUGUAGGGUUAAAGGUACCUUUGACUGUAUACAAACACUCCCCUUUUCCACUCAAGUCACUCUCCCCGCCUAUCCUAAGUAACCGAUUAAGAAUUACACAACAAGAGAUGUGGUCGGCUCGAACGCCACGAGCACACUGAAGCCAACACGAGAUCGAGCGACGUCAUAUCCGUCACAGACUACUAUUUCCAACACUAAACGGCGAUAACAUUCGGCCAUCCUGGUGGCGCAUCCGUCCCUGGAUCGCGUUCGUGUCUGGUGCAGUUGCGUUUACACUGACAACUUGAGCGUGUACAAACCACUAUUGAAGGUCGUGUACGACUCAUUUUUAAUCGAAUGAGUGUGUAUGGGCCUUGUGUAUCUAGUGUUAUAUAUAGUUCAAGUCACCAUUGUAUGUAAGGUCGCGUAUGACUUAUUUUUAUCGAAAAAUGGCAGUAGGGUUAUUUAAUUCGGUAACCAAAAUUCACAAAUUUCAAACAGUUAUAAGUUGCAAUUAUUAACACAAAAUCUAUACGGCAACAUUUCGCGUCUUGUCAUAAUAUUAAAACGCAAAAUUUCAUCUAGAAUACCAUGGAACACAAUUUCUAAACAAUUUCUGUCAUUACCGUCAAUACUAAAGUUAUACCGUCAACACUUAAAACUUGAAAUCACGAUUCACACACUAUUUACAUUCCAAUUUAACAAUACCGUAAUGUAAAAUUCAUCAGUGUACUAUACUCAAUUAAUUUGUUACCCUCUUUUAUAAAAAAUGCUCUCAUACCAUAUUAACAAAGAAAUGUAAAACGAUUGGCCUGAACUAGGGUAGUUUUAAAUUACGUCGUUAUCUUUAUUCACUAUGUGGGCACCAGUUCUUUAUCGCACUUCUGAUAUUAUAGGACUAAAAAGGUGAUAACAAAUAUAAGAAAACUAAUGUCGAACAAAGGUUAUGAUUCACAACACUUGUCAGGACAACUUAAUUAGCAAAUCAAACUGUCACCAAAAUAAGACCCUAGAAUGGCAGAGAAUGACCUUGAGUGGAGUCACGUACUUGUGAACGAUGUGUGUAGGGUUAAAGGUACCUUUGACUGUAUACAAACACUCCCCUUUUCCACUCAAGUCACUCUCCCCGCCUAUCCUAAGUAACCGAUUAAGAAUUACACAACAAGAGAUGUGGUCGGCUCGAACGCCACGAGCACACUGAAGCCAACACGAGAUCGAGCGACGUCAUAUCCGUCACAGACUACUAUUUCCAACACUAAACGGCGAUAACACAUGAUUAUCAUUCUGGAAAAAAUAUGCAGAUGGUUUUGUUACUAGUGGGUAAAUUUCCCGUCACGCAAUUUUUCUGUUUCAGUAUUAACCAUAUAACACUUUAAGACUUGCGUUUCUCCAGUGAAGGCGUUCCUUUAUGUAUGUGAAUAGAGUAGACAACGCGACAAGUGCGUAACCUACAAUCGUUAGUCACGACGCGAUAGUCGCGCUGUCUGAUCCGCAUUCGGUAACAUUUAACGAACGGUAACAUUAAUAAAGGGUCUCUAUGCACUACAGAAAAAAAAUGAAUCUGAAUGCCAAAAUCUUCAUUAUUAUAAUAUUCGCUAUACCACUUAGUUACGCAACUGUUGCUAUUUGAAUAUUUGAACUAAUAUAGUUUAUAAUAGUGCCAAUUUAAUACAAUAAUAGUACAACUAGUAAACAAUAAUUUUAGAUUAUAUACGUGUAUCAUCAUCAUCCUUAUACGAGUAAGAGGAGUUAUAUUUUCAAAACUUACUCUCUUGUACGUGAGAAUGUGCCUGCUCUCCAGGUUUGCCAAUAAAAAUAGACUAUGAUUAUGAUGAAAAUGAAAUGAUUAUAUAAUGAGGAUAAUGGUGAUUAUGAUGAUGAUGAUGAAACUGACAACAAUAUUGAAAAUCUCAUUUCGUCUAGCAAUAGUUGCGUAACAAUUGCGUCGUUCUAUUUAACGAUGAUGGUUUUAUUUUUUUUAGUAAAAGUAAGGUGUACAUAGGCGUAAGCAGAAUGGUGUGUGAAACUGCAGAAACGUCAGAAAUUAAAAACAUUUAUUAUUAAAAUUUAACGUAAGUACCUGUGAAUUAACGGUUUUUUUUAAAAAGGUUUUGAUACCAUACGCCUCCACAAGUAUCUCUAUAAAUUAUUUAACAAUGCGUUUCUGCUGACGUUCCUUAAGCUUACACACAGAAGCGCUUGUCUCGGCAUAUUACAACUACAGUCAAAUCAAAAUCAUCACCUAAAAAUAGAACAUAAAUAACUAUUCGUAGGCACCUAUUUGUUUAUGCUUACAUUAAAUAAAUUGUAUAGUUUGAAAAAAAAAUACAGUUAAUUUUAAUUAAAAUUAAGUAGGUAAUUUAAAAAAUACAUUUAGAUGAUAUAUAGUACCUACUUAGUACAUGUAGUUAUAAUAAUAAUUAAAUUUUUCUAGUGAAUUUUAACGAUUCCGUAAAAUUAUGAAAACCAAUGUCUCUUAAAAUGUUUACUAUUAGGUAUUGGUUUAAAUGUAUACUUACUGUUGUUUAAAAUGUACACCGGACUAUAAAAAAAUACGAAAUAGUGAUUCUGUAAUAAAUUGUGCGCUUUUUUCA